CUGUGUUUAACUGUGAGAAUAUGAGAAGACUUUGUUGGCCCGAACAGUCCCUUUCACCUGUCGGCUGCAUUGGAUUAUACAUCUCUUUCUCUCUUAUUUUUCCCACUGAGGUCAUCAGAAUUUACUCAAGUUUGAGUCCAGCAGUUUACCAGGUUCUUGUUUAUCCUUUAUUAGAUUUUUCUUUCUCGAAAGCCAUCAGCUGCAGAGCCUGAUCUACUUUGGCUGCAGCCUUCCCAAGUUGGUGUCUUUUAUCACAUCUCAGCCAAAUUCUCAUCCGGUUUUUAUUUGUCAAGUUCCUACCCUUCACUUCACCCCCCCUCCUCCUUUUUUUCUUUAUGUCGUACCUGAAUUUCUAAAUUCUGAUCCAGAAUCAGAAAGCUGCUUUCUUCCUCUUAAAAUUUUCUUAUCUGGGUAUUUCGUCUCUUUUCUAAUUUUAGUCCGGGAUUCUAUCUUACAGAAGUUGGAACCAAUUUUCCGUGCUUUUUUGAAAAUUUAGUAUCAUAUUCCUGUUUCCUGAUCUGGGUAUCAUCUGAAUCUGCUUCUGUAUAACUGGGAAAUUGGGCUAUAACAAGAAAUGGGCCUUUGUUUGACCAAAGAUAAAAAUACUCAGCCACGGCUCUACAAUGAUACUGCUGGGAUGGUGAAUCAUCAGAAACCCCAAGAACCAAUUGUCUAUCAAUCUAAAUCCCCAGUCCAGCCAGCCUAUCAACUACCCUCCCAGCAACCUGCACAAAUCCCAAGAAAGCCUGCUGUUCCAGCACCAAGCCCAAAACCAGUCCAUAGACCAGAAACAAUUCUUGAAAAACCAUAUGAGGAUGUCAAGUUGUAUUAUACAAUUGGGAAAGAACUGGGUAGGGGUCAAUUUGGUGUAACUUACCUUUGUACUGAGAUUUCAACUGGUAAGCAAUAUGCUUGCAAGUCAAUAUCCAAGAGGAAACUUGUUACCAAGAAUGAUAAGGACGAUAUGAAGAGGGAGAUUCAAAUAAUGCAGCAUUUGAGUGGACAACCUAAUAUUGUUGAGUUUAAAGGUGCUUAUGAGGAUAAGCAAUCUGUGCAUCUUGUGAUGGAGUUGUGUGCAGGAGGCGAGUUGUUUGAUAGGAUUAUUGCGAAGGGGCACUAUAGUGAGAAGGAAGCCGCUGCUAUAUGCAGGGCAAUUGUCAAUGUUGUGCAUGCCUGUCAUUUUAUGGGUGUGAUGCAUAGGGAUCUUAAGCCUGAGAAUUUCUUGCUUUCUAGUAAGGGUAACAAUGCCCUUUUGAAGGCAACUGAUUUUGGACUUUCAGUAUUCAUCGAAGAAGCCAUGAACAGAAUGCGUGAUGUUGUCAAUGUAUUAUUUCCAGCAAAAGUGUAUCGAGACAUAGUCGGAAGUGCAUACUAUGUUGCUCCUGAAGUAUUAAGACGCAGAUAUGGAAAGGAAUUAGAUAUUUGGAGUGCAGGAGUCAUACUAUAUAUCUUGCUUAGUGGUGUUCCUCCAUUUUGGGCAGAAACGGAGAAGGGCAUAUUUGAUGCCAUUUUACAAGGAGAUAUUGACUUUGACAGUGAACCCUGGCCAUCAAUAUCAAGCAGUGCCAAGGACCUGGUCCGCAGGAUGUUGACACAGGACCCAAAAAAAAGAAUUACUUCUGCUCAAGUCCUUGACCAUCCAUGGCUCAAGGAAGGUGGAGAAGCCUCAGAUAAGCCAAUUGAUAGUGCAGUCCUUUCAAGGAUGAAGCAAUUUAGAGCAAUGAACAAGCUGAAGAAAAUGGCACUGAAAGUCAUUGCGGAAAAUCUCUCUAAUGAUGAAAUCCAAGGACUCAAGUCAAUGUUUGCAAACAUUGACACUGACAAUAGUGGCACCAUCACCUAUGAUGAACUAAAGGCAGGAUUGGCUCGACUUGGAUCAAAACUUACAGAAGCUGAAGUCAAGCAGCUUAUGGAGGCUGCUGAUGUAGAUGGUAAUGGAACAAUAGACUAUAUUGAAUUUAUCACGGCUACAAUGCAUAGGCACAGGCUGGAAAGAGACGAACAUCUUUACAAAGCUUUUCAAUAUUUUGACAAGGACAAUAGUGGGUUCAUCACAACAGAUGAACUAGAAACAGCUAUGAAAGACUUUGGAAUGGGUGAUGAUGCAACAAUAAAAGAGAUAAUAUCUGAAGUUGACACAGAUAAUGAUGGUAGGAUCAACUAUGAAGAGUUUUGUACAAUGAUGAGAACAGGAAACCAGCACCAGGGCAGGAUCUUCUAAAUGUACGGGAUGUGUUACUGUUUCUGCACAAGAAAGCCUUUCACAAAGAAUGUCAAUUGAAAGGGGUUGUAAAGAAUCUGAAGCCACUUCAAUAGAUUUUUUUUUUUUGGCUCUCAAAACACUUACCAAACUGAUUAAAAUAUAAAUUUCACUCAGAAGCGUGUACUUUUUUUUGGAUUGGAAUGUAAGAGUUGUGCAUAUUGUGUUUCACCUUUUUUUUCUGUUUGAGGUUUGAUUGGCAAUCUGAGAAGGAUGUUGUAGUUUCUCUA